UCUCCCGCUGCUCUUUUGUCUUUUCUCGUCUCUUUUUCAAGUAUUUUAUUCUGUGUUUAUGGAAAUUGGCUGAUUCUACCUUUCUUUUCCAUCAAUCAUUCAUAGCUUUAGUUAAGAGAGUUCUUUCUUUUUUCUUUUUAUUUCCGUGUUUUGUGAUUGUUUUUUUUAACGGGGUAGAAGGAUUUGCGUUGUGAGAGAAGUAAGGCUAAUAAUAAUGCUCAGUUCUAGGCUCAGAUAUUACUUCGAGAAGUGUGGAAGGUAAAUAUGGAACCGUUAUGUGAGUUUUGUGGGGUUGUAAGGGCAGUAGUUUAUUGUAAAUCAGAUUCUGCAAGGCUGUGUUUGAACUGUGAUGAAUUUGUACAUUCUGCAAACUGUUUAUCUCGAAGGCAUUCUCGUUCACUUCUCUGUGAUAAGUGCAAUUCCCAACCGUCAAUUCUCCGGUGUUUAGAUGACAAGUUGUCUAUUUGUCAAAACUGUGAUUGGAAUAAUACAAAUAGUUGUUCAAGCUCCGGCCACCAUCUCCAAGUCUUGUCUUGUUACACCGGUCGACCUUCUUUGGCAGAAUUUUCUAGGAUUUGGUCUUCUGUUCUUGAUGCUUCUCCUAGUACAACAACUAGUUAUGAUCCUGAAGGAUUGGGAACGACGUCGCUUCCCUCUCUACAAGGAAAUGAGGAUUCCAUGAUUAGUUGUUUGAAGAACAAGGAUAAUGAAGGCACCUUUGGAUUGGUGACUAGAAAGUUGAAUGAAUUAGAACCUUGUAUGAGGUCCUCUAAUGUCAUUCCACAGGAUCCAAAUUCUGUUCCUCAUGGUAGAGAUCAAGAAUCUUUCUUGCCUGAGGAUCCAAACAUGUCAAAGGCCGGUUGCUCCAAUUUCAAAGAUCUUGAAAUUCCAGAUGGUGAAGAUUUAUGUGAAGGUCUCAACAUGGAUGAUGUUGCAUUGAACUUUGAGAAUGGUGAUGAUAUAUUUGGAUGCCCUCAAGUUCAACCCAGAUACCACCAAGGGGAUAUUAGAAAGGAUUGCAUUUUAAUGGAGAAAAGUUUAUCAGUUACUGAAUCUAACGCUGGUCGUGUUGACAAUACCAUAGAGGUAACCUCAUCUGGACAGCAAGACUGCAUCGCAUUCCAAUCACCUCAAGUUGCCUGUUCAACAAGUAUGAUACAGGCAAUGUAUGGUAGUACUAGUUGCUUGUAUAUGAACCCGAGUUUCAAUAGAAGUAUUAAUCUUGGAUUUCCAACUACCACUCGACAAAUUCACUCAAGCAUAUCUCUUUCACCAUCCAAUAUCACUGGUGAGAGCAGUGCUGCUGAUUAUCAAGAUUGUGGAAUAUCACCAGUGUUUUUGACCAAAGAAUCACCACGGGAAUUGAAUUUGGAAACAAGCUGUCCACAAGCAAGGGAAAAAGCUAAGAUGAGAUACAAAGAAAAGAAGAAGACAAGAAUAUUUGGUAAGCAAAUCAGAUAUGCCUCUCGUAAAGCCUUGGCUGAUACUAGAAAACGUGUCAAAGGUAGAUUUGUAAAAGUUGGUGAAGCAUAUGAUUAUGACCCAUUUGUAAAUAAAUACAAAUUAUGCCUCUCGUAAAUGCAUGAUGUGUAAGCCCCAUCUGUAUUUAAUUUGUGCCAAGCAAUUUGUGGACAAUCUAGUUAAAAAUACGCCGCUGCAGUAGCAUGAUGAUCUUUAGCCUCUAAAGAACACGAUUCUUUCGCUGCUUCGUGCUACUGGACUCUAUUCAAGA